AUGCCGUGGCUAGAGGCACCCACCGCGUUCCGCGUGCGCGAAUUGGCGACCACGGCGGAUCUCGCAUUCAAUAUCAGACGACGAGCACUGGAGCAGAUACCUACCAUAAUGGCUGUCGCAAACAACACCGUGUCUGCGCUCAAAGCCCAGCCAUUACCACCUCACAGCAACCAUCCGGACUUCCUACAUCUUGCUGGUCUAGUCAGCGAAGCCGUGCUGGAAGUCGUCUUCGUCGCCCUCCCAGGUUUCAUCGUAGCAUACACCGGCAUGUUCGACGCCAACAGUCAGAAGUUCGUCGCUGAGCUAAACACCAUGGUCUUCACGCCGUGCCUGAUCUUCACGAAGCUCGCGAGUCAAUUGAACGCGGAUAAGCUGUCGGAUCUGGUGGUGAUACCCUUCAUCUUCGCUGCGCAGACCCUCGUGAGUUGGUGCGCGGCACAGCUCAUGGCAAGAUUCUGGGGGUUCGGUAAGAAGCAGAGGCAGAAGAACUUUAUCCUGGCCAUGGGUGUGUUUGGCAACAGCAAUAGCUUGCCUAUCUCACUUGUGUUGAGUCUGAGCAAGACGAUCAGUGGGUUGCAUUGGGACAAGGUGCCGGGUGACAACGACAACGAGGUGGCUGCAAGAGGUAUCUUAUAUUUGCUCAUCUUUCAGCAACUAGGACAAUUAUUGAGGUGGACAUGGGGCUAUAGUGUGCUACUUAAGCCUGCAGCAGCCUACGAUGACGACGAGCGUGAGGAGGGUACAGAAGCGCAUAGAAUCAGGGAGGAAGGGCGGUAUAGGGAUGACCCGGACGAGGAACCUGACGACACCCUAAUCGAAGUCGGCAUAAAUGGCAACCUACGCCAAUCACCCGACUCUGGCUUCAAUUCCGGCUCACCAAGUCAAGUCAGCUUCACAUCGCGAGAUAACGAUGACAUCCCUGAGAUCAUCGCUAGUACACCUGCCAACGGCAACAACAUCGACAGCGAGCCACGCCACCAGAUAGAGCAAUCCUCGCCAACUCAAAAACGACCAGCGAACACAGUGCUGGGUGAUCGCUCCCGCUCAACAGGCCACAUCACGCAAUUCCCAUCCUACGCUAACGGCACCUCGACGAGCAAAAGCGUGAGCAAAAAAGACCAUGGCUGGAAAUCACCCUUCUACCAGGCCUACUACCAAACCAUGCACUACCUCAGCCGCCUCCAGACCGUCAUCCUAUACCACUGGAACAAACUCUUCAACAAAUUCCCCAAACCCAUGCAAAAAGUCCUAAGCACACUCCACUACUACAACACGCACUUCUGGCGCGGCGUUUGGAGACAAAUGAAUCCUCCCUUAUGGGCCAUGCUAGCCGCUCUCAUCGUCGCCUCGAUCCCAUCCUUACAGAGCUUAUUCUUCGCGAAAGGAACCCUGGUCAAUAACUCCGUCACGCGCGCCAUCAGCCAGACGGGCGGUGUAGCCGUGCCUCUCAUUCUAGUCGUGCUUGGAGCGAAUCUCGCUCGAUCCACCCUCCCGCAAGACCAACUCGCCUCCACCCCGGCCGAGAAAGCCGAAGAGCGCAAACUCCUCUACGCCUCCCUCCUAUCCCGCAUGGUGAUCCCGACAAUCGUCAUGGCGCCCAUCCUCGCCCUCGUAGCGAAAUUCGUCCCGGUCUCGAUCCUGGAUGAUCCGAUUUUCGUCAUCGUGUGUUUCUUGCUUACGGGUGCGCCGAGCGCGUUGCAGUUGGCGCAGAUUUGUCAGAUCAACGGCGUGUUCAUGGGCGCGAUGAGUAGUUUGCUCGUGGCGAGUUAUGUGGGCGCGAUCUUCCCGAGUACGCUUGUGCUUGUUAUGUUGGCGCUUGAGGUUGUCGAGUGGGCGCAGGCGGGGUCGUGA